GCUGACCGAGAGUAAACAGUGCUGAGAGGAAGAAGGGAGAAGUUUCUGCUCUCGGUCUUCAUAAAGCUCGCGAAAGGUUAGGAUUUGCAAACGUUAUAUCAUCGCCAAACGCUGGCAGAGAUGACCUCGUCCAAACGAAGUGAAAGUGACUGGCAAGGUUUAGUGAACGAGUUCUUGAUAUGCAAACGUAAGCUGGAGAGCAAGAAGGACGCGCUCCUCAUUCUGUCCAAAGAGCUGGACAGCUGUCAGCAGGAGAGAGACCAGUACAAACUGAUGGCCAACCAGCUGCGAGAGACACACCAGACCUUGAAGAAGAAAUACAGAGAACUCAUUGAUGGCGACUCUUCACUUCCACCGGAAAAACGUAAUCAGGUCAAUCUGGCUCAGUUGUUAAUGGAUUCGAGGGAAAGAAACAAGAAGCUAGCCGACGAGAUAAAGGAACUGACUCAGAGACUCAGCGAGACACAGGGAGACAAUAAGCUGUUAAGAAUGACCAUCACCAAACAGAGGCUUGGGGACGAUGAAGUCGGGGUCAGACAUUUCCCUGCUCACGAGCGCGAGGAUCUGGUCAGGCAGCUGGAGAAGGCAGCACUGCAUAGAGAAGAGCUUGAACACAGUCUGAAGACGCUGAGCGAUGAACUGCAGGAUGUAAAGGCAGAGAGGACCGUGUUUAAGGAGAAGGCUGAACGUCUCAACCUCGAGCUGAACCACAUCUUGGGCGGCCAGGAGAAGCAUAUCAUCGAUGUGGACGCGCUCUGCAUGGAGAACAAAUACUUGCAAGAGAGAUUCAAACAAGUUCAAGAGGAGGUCAGUCUGUUGAAGAGUAACAUUCAGAAAUAUAAGACUGCUCUGGAUCGCAGAAGAAACCCUGAGAUCGGUGGCAAGUCUAACAGCAGAGCACUUACUGGAGUCCUUUCUCCUAAACAAGUGCAGGGUUUGUUGUCCGAGGAUAAUGGUUGCAGUUUACCAGCCACACCUCAGUCUAUCUCAGACCUGAAGUCUUUAGCCACAGCCUUACUGGAGACCAUUCAUGAGAAGAACAUAAUCAUUCAGCACCAAAGACAGACCAACAGAAUUCUGGGAAACCGAGUUGCUGAUUUGGAGAGAAAGCUGAAGACUCUUGAAAUUUCUGGGCUUUGGAGUCUCCCAGGAGGCACAGAUGCCAUCGCUCUGAGCGCCGCUCCUCUGUCCUUCAUCCAGCAUCCACAGAAAACCACUAACCCUCGAGCCGCUGCAGAUGACAGGACAGGAAGAGGAGGGCCGUCGCCGUGGGAACAGGACACAGCUGGCGAUGACAGCUUCCCGAACAUGUGGCGUCCAGAUGGAGGCGGAGAGGAGGAGGACACACCGGUCACCCCUGACAUCGGGGAGGAGAGCAUCUUGUGCGGGACAGAGAUUGGGAGACAGGCUAAUGAGGUGAAGGAGGGUCCUGCGGAAAAAAAGACUGUGGAAGAGGGAGAGGUUUUGGGGGAGCUCUGUCUGAUGGCGGAGGAGGCUGAGGACGCAGCUUUGGCUCUGGAUCCUGCACAACUACCUUCAGUUACUCUUGAGCAAACCGCCUGGGAAAAUGCAGACUUUCAAGCCUCUGUGGGGCUGCCGAGAGCUCGCUUUGAAGAUAUUUCGGACGGUUCCUCCAUUAAGAAGGAGCCGGUUGAGCAAAGUGACUCUGUUCUGAUAUAGGACGGGGAAAUGAAGGUCUGAAGGGUUUGGAAAUGCCGAAACGUUGCAAUUUAUUGGUCAGAUAAAAAGCAGAUGAAUAAAACAAUCCACUUUACAUACAGUAUGUAAUACUGAGGCAAAAAAAAUCUAUUUCCAAUGUUUUGUUU